AUGUCUGCUAGCGAAUUGAGUUACUAUUCUUCAGAAGAUGACAUUGACCUUAUAGAACAAUACAAAACCGGAUACUUUAUUCAAGAUUCUAUGAUGUACAAACCCUUCAGCAUAUUUCCACCACGCCAACGUCGUGCGACAUAUGUAUACCGUUUAGAUACCUGGUUAAGAUACACAUUGACAGCAAAUUUUACUGAGGCAAAUAGGACAUUUGUUUUGCGUUGCCUGGAUGAUUUAAGAAAGUGGAACGAUGAAGAAUCUGAAGAUAGGGUAAUUGAAGACGAUGCUACAUCGGAAAUAUUCGAAAUGUGGCCUGAGAGGAUUAGACAGUACGACGAGCGCCAAAUACAAUCCGUCGAAGGUGAAACCGGUGAACCGGAUGAAGACUCGCAGACUGUAAGCCGCAAUGGGGUUAUCCGUCGUCAGGAUUACCAUGUAGGGGAUAUCGUCAGACUUGAUAUACCAGCCUCUGACGGGCAGAGAAGAUUACUACUGUGCAAG